GUUGUUUUAGCAUUUGGGCCUAAAUUAAAAUUAAAAGUACUGAAAUGUGUUUCUUCCAUUCCACAAUCCACACCGUCGCAUCUCUUUCUCUCCGCGUUAUUACCAAACUACAAACUUUCGGUUGCCUUCACAUAGCAAAAUUUGACAUUCUUCUUCCGGAAAAGAACAACUUUCAUCUUCCAAUCUCGGUUGUGUUGGCAUUGCUCGAUUGUCAUUUUGGCUGAGACACACAAAUGGGUGAUUCUCCGGAUUUGGAUUUGAUUAGUGAUUUACCUCAAAGCAUUAUAGAGAGUAUUCUCACUCGGCUACCAAUAGUAGAGGCAGUAAGGACAAGCAUUUUGUCAAGUAAAUGGAGGUAUAGAUGGGCCACACUCACUCAUCUUGCAUUUGACGAAAAAUGUGUUACUUCAACUAACGACCGAACAUUUGUCGAGAACAAGCUUAUAAACUUUAUCACUCGGGCUCUAUUUCUCCAUCAAGGACCAAUUCACAAGUUCCAGCUUUGUACUUCAUUCUUGACGAGCUGCCCAGAUAUAGAUCAAUGGAUACUUUUCCUUUCAAGGAAAGAUAUCAAAGAAUUGGUUCUUGAAUUGGAUGAAAAUGAGUGGAUUAGGGUACCUUCAUGUCUUUUUAAUUGUAAAAAAUUAACCCAUUUGGAGCUGUCUCGUUGUGAACUAGAUCCACCACCUACUUUUAAGGGAUUCUCUUUUUUGAAGAGCCUUAAGCUUCACCAAGUUUAUGUUGCCUCUGAUGCAAUUGAAAGUGUUAUCAUUAGUUGCCCUCUUCUUGAGAGUCUGUCACUAUCAUACAUUGAUAGUCUAACGCUUAAUAUUCGUUCCCCAAAUCUCAAAUACUUGUGCCUUGAAGGUGAAUUCAAAGACAUUUGUCUCGAAAAUACUCCUCUUCUGAUCGCAAUGUCUGUUGCCAUGUAUAUGACUGAGGACAUUGCUGAACACAUGGAACAAAGUUCCAGUUGUAAUUUUAUCAAGUUUCUUGGUGGUGCACCACAUCUUGAGAGGCUCAUUGGGCGUAUCUACUUCACAAAGUACUUGACUGUAGGUGAUGACCCAGGAAGACUUCCAAUUAAAUAUAUCAAUUUGAAGAUUAUUGAAUUAUAUCAAGUAAGUUUUGAAGAUAUGAAAGAGAUACUUGUUGUUCUUCGCUUGAUUACGAACUCUCCUAACUUGAAGGAACUUCAAAUCUCGAGCUCCUUAAACACGCUAACUGCUAUGGAAGCAACUGAUUUGGAUUUUUGGGAGAAAGAAUGUCCUUCACAUUGCAUAUUUGGGAGACUUAAAGUUGUAAAGAUGACAGAGAUGUCUGGCGUACCUCAUGAGAUGGAAUUCAUCAAGUUUUUGCUUGAAAAUUCUCCAGUGCUUGAGGUAAUGAGCAUCGCACCUUGUUCAUUUGUUACAGAGGGAAGACUGAAUAUGUUGAUUGAGUUGGUGAGGUUUCGGCGGGCUUCUCCUAGAGCAGAAAUUCUAUUCAUCCAGAAUUAAACAUUGUUUUCUCAUGUAAUGCUUUGGUUUAUCAUUCAAUCUCUUUUGUUUCAAUCCC